AUGGCUUGGUUGUUUAUUGAGUUUGCUACUUUGAGUCUGUUUCCUGUGUUCUUUGUUUUUAGGGUUACAUUAAAAGUGUAUUCGGCAUUAUUUUUCUUUUAUGUGGUUUCUGCGGUGGCCUCUGUUUUGGUGUUGUUUGGUAUGGUGUCUGAGGGUUUUUGGUUGCUUACUUUUGUGGGGUUUUCGAUAAAGUUUGGGAUUUUCCCUUUUGUGUAUUGGGUUUAUCAUGUUGCCUUGAAUUCUAAUUGGUAUGUU